GCGGCGGCGGCGCCUCCUCCUGCUCCAGCCGCUCCCCAUCCCCCCGCGGCGGCCGGUUCCAGCCCGCACCCGGCGGCGUCCGUGCCCUCGUCCCCCGCCCCGGGCCCCGCCAUGGGCCUCACCGUGUCCGCGCUCUUUUCGCGGAUCUUCGGGAAGAAGCAGAUGCGGAUCCUCAUGGUGGGCUUGGAUGCGGCCGGCAAGACCACCAUCCUGUAUAAACUCAAGUUAGGGGAGAUUGUCACCACCAUUCCCACCAUAGGCUUCAAUGUGGAGACCGUGGAGUACAGGAAUAUCUGCUUCACCGUCUGGGAUGUGGGCGGACAGGACAAGAUCCGUCCCCUGUGGCGGCAUUACUUCCAGAACACCCAGGGCCUCAUCUUUGUGGUGGACAGUAAUGAUCGUGAGCGGGUCCAGGAAUCUGCCGAUGAACUCCAGAAGAUGCUUCAGGAGGACGAGCUUCGGGAUGCGGUGCUGCUGGUGUUUGCCAACAAGCAGGACAUGCCCAACGCCAUGCCCGUGAGCGAGCUGACAGACAAACUGGGGCUCCAGCACUUACGCAGCCGCACGUGGUAUGUUCAGGCCACCUGUGCCACCCAGGGCACAGGCCUGUAUGACGGACUGGACUGGCUGUCCCACGAGCUGUCAAAGCGCUAACUCGCUGGGCCCUCUCGGCUGUGCAGAGUUCCAGACUCCUCAGGCGCUGCCCUUCUUUCCCUCUCCUCGUCCCCGAAGACCCAACGCGUGGCCUCUGCCCCUGUCCCUGCCUGCAUGUUCUCUGUUGUUGGAGCCUGGAGCCUCACUCUCUGGACACAGAGGGGUCCCCUCUCUUGCCUGCCGGGACCCAUGGGAAGGGGGCUCCUAAGGCAAGGCCCCUUCUUCCAGAGGAAGAGCAGGAAUCCGGAUUGGCUUGUUUGUUUUUUUUUCCAUUUCGGGUGUACCCCUGGGGCCAGGCGGGGAGGGGAGGGGAGGGCUCUGGGUGGUGCUAAGAUGUGGCACUAGGUAUGAAGUAAUAAAUUUGCUGUGGUUUGUA